UUGAAAGAGUGGUUCUACAUAGACGAACGACACUGUUUCGACUCCCUGUCCAAACUCCUGAAGCACUACAGUGAGAACCCUGGACUGGCUGUCAAACUGAGCGACACGCCCACCUUUCUCAAGCCCAACAACAAGAAAAACAAAAAUAAAAACAAAUACUCAAAUAACUCAUGGGAGCUUCCGCGCGAUAAAAUAAUCCUGGACAAAGAGCCUCUGGGAGCUGGUCAUUUCGGACAAGUGCAUCGAGGCGUAUGGACAGAGACUGACAAGAAGGGCAACUCUGAGAAGCUGGAGGUAGCAGUAAAGACUCUAAUUGAGGCCACCAACGACCCCGAUGCCUUCACCAAAGAAGCCGAAAUACUGACCAAAGUGAAACAUCGCAAUUUGGUUCGGAUGAUUGGCGUGUGUGCUCACGAGAAACCCCCCUUAAUAGUGACUGAGUUCUGCAACGGGGGGAGUUUAAUUGGAUUUCUGAGAGACUCAGACGGGCAGAAAUGUUCAAUGAAGAAACUUGUCAAAAUGAUCGGUCAAGUAGCCACAGGAAUGAGCUACCUCGAAACAGUCAAAAUAGUCCACAGAGACUUAGCUGCCCGAAACGUUCUCUUGACCGACGAUCGCAAGUGCAAAGUAUGUGACUUCGGACUAGCUCGCUUCCUUAUGGAUAACGAAAUCUACCAGGGCAGUUCCAAGAGUAAGUUCCCCUGGAAAUGGACAGCACCGGAGGGUCUAUCGGAACAGAGGUUCUCAUCUAAAUCUGACGUGUGGAGUUUCGGGGUUCUCUGCUUCGAGAUGACAUCCAGGGGCCAGGGACCCUACAAGGGCCUGGAGAGAAAGAAGAUACAACAGAUGCUGCAAAAUGGAUACAGACUAGAGCAGCCGCAAGAGUGCCCUCUUUGGGUGUACCUGAUGAUGCGAAAGUGCUGGAAAUUAGACCCCCAUGAGAGGUACUCUUUCAGACACAUCCGCAAGAUAGUUCACAAGUACAGAAACCACCAAGAACAGGACAACCAAAAAAUAAAAUCCACCACGCAGCUCAAAUAA